GGAACUUCUGACCCUCGUAUAUUUUGGUCCUUGCUCUCGUCUUCAACAACCGAGAUCACGACUCCGGUACUCCAUCGCGCGUGAGUUCUGCAUACGAUUCUGUCUCGGCAAUCAAAUAUCCAGAAACGAAACAAUAAAUCUCGAUACUAUGGACAUGUAAAGCCAGCCGAGUUCUGGCGUGCCAUUCCGGCUUCGAGCAACACGACCAACCACCGACCUAGCUAACUGCCCACGCCUUAACCUACCCGUCUGCCGAUCCGUCUGCUUCGCCUCGACCGCAACCAUGGCGUCGUCCGACAGUCCCGCGCCCCUCCCCUCCCCCGUUGCCUCCUCCUCCCUCGCUCCAUCCGCCUCGGACGCGCCGUCAACCGCCCCGACAUCCUCGCCGUACCCGUACGCCUUCGCGCCGGACGUGAUCCGCGCGCACCAGAAGGACGCCUAUUUCCAGGGGCUCCUGACGAGCCAGCUGUCGGACCUGCACCGGCGGCUGCUCGGGGCGCGGUCGGCGCACGCCUGGGCCGCCGAGUCGCGCAGCCUCGCCGACCUGCUGUACCUGUGCCUGACGACGCUGCCGGGGAACCGCACGCUCGGCGAGGAGUACUGCGACCUGGUGCAGGUGGAGGCGCACCGCGCGCCGCGCCGCGGCCGCGACGACCGCGACGGCGACGGCCCGGCCGGCGUCGCCACCCCGCUGCCCUCGCUCCGCCGCCGCGCCGCCUACAUCGCCGGCAGCAUCCUCGUGCCCUACGGGCUCGCGCGCCUCCUGCCCCGCAUCCGGGCCCGCAUACGCGCGCGCCUGCAGCGGAACCUGGGGCUCUCGCCGGCGGGCCAGGCCGAGCCCGACGACGGGGACGCCGACGCGGCGGCGUCGCCGACGUCGUCGUCGUCCACGCUCAAGUGCCAGCCCUCGUGGCGCGUCGCCCGCGCGUCGACCUCGACCUGGUCGUACCGCGUGCAGUCGUACCUGCUGGCGAACCUGGCCUCGCUCACGUCCGAGGCGCACGUGCACGCGGCCGGGCUCGCGCUCUUCUACUUCACCGGCUCCUACUACGAGCUCGCGAAGCGGCUCACCGGCCUGCGCUACGUCUUCGCCAGCCGGCCCGACGCCGCCGCCGCCGACGCCGCCCACCCGGCCGCCGACCGCGCCGGCUACGAGCUGCUCGGCCUCCUGCUCGUCGUCCAGAUGGCCGUCCAGGGCUACCUCCACGUGCGCUCGACGCUCGCCUCCUUCUCCUCCUCCUCCCUGUCCGUCCCGCCCUCGCCCACCGCCGCCGGCCGCAGCCGCGCCGGCAGCGUCGUCCAGCUCCCGCUCGACGACGCCUCCAACACCCUCCUCCUCGCUCCCUCCUCCGCCCCCGGCUCCGCCUCGGCCCGCCUCAGCCUGCCCCAGCUCACCCACACCCCGCCCUUGCCGCCGCCCCCCAUGGGCUCGGGCGGCGCCGGCCGCAGCCGCGCGCGCUACGACCUCGCCGACGCCGAGGCGCUGCGCUGGAUCCACGGCGCCCAGCAGCGCCGCUGCACCCUCUGCCUCGAGGACCUCCGCGACCCCGCGGCCACCCCCUGCGGCCACGUCUUCUGCUGGACCUGCAUCGCCGACUGGGUCCGCGAGAAGCCCGAAUGCCCCCUAUGUCGUCGAGGCGCCCUCGUCCAACACGUCCUCCCGCUACGGGCCGUGCGGUAGAGUGGCGCCCCGACUGCUGUCUCAUGACGAGGAGUAGAUGUGGGGAGAGGAGAGGAUGUCGCUUGGGACGCUGACUGGGUCGUAGGAUGCUGUUUUGGUAUGCUGCUAUUGAUAUAGGAGGAUGGCAGAAGUUGCGGAUGAGAUUAGUGUGCUACUAUCCAUACAUCAUUAGAAAGCUCGUGGAAGGGAAGGCGUGAAAGGAGUCACGACUUCCUAUAAGAUAGUCGGAUAUUGUAGAACUGUGUAUGUACCUAACGAAGAUAGAAUGACAUAUAGCAUCACGGCGUUGG